GAUAAGAUGUGAUAGGAUGGUGACAGAAUGCGUGGCUGUUAGCUGCAACAACCACCGGUUUAGUUGUAAUUGCGGGGGAAUGAGAGUGCUCCUUAUUACCAUGAAUCAGGAGUCAGUGUUGUUAUGGAGGAUAAACGUGAGGAGGCGGAUGAUUGUGAGAGCCGCCUAUGGCAGCCAGCGUUCCUUCUCUCUCUUUCGCUCUGUGAUGCUGGACGCGGUUGUGUCCUAAACGCUCCAGCGCUCCCUGCGCAGGCGCCCUACAUCACCGUGAAGGGUCCUAGGAAGAAUGAAUGAAGCUGUCCCAUCUGCGGCUGCAAUGCAGAAACAAACACCAUGGUUUUGCCCCGUCUACGCUUCACAUCACUGCUGAUUUCUUCGGGACGUUCCUGCCAGCUUUAGGUCUAGUUUCUUAAAGUCUGUCAUUCCGCUUCUUAGAGAUAGAAAGAGAAGCAGAGAAGUAUUGCAAGGACCAUGCUCAGCAUCCUAGCCGCCGGCUCCAUAUUCUUCCCAGGCCUCUUCCUGCUGUCUAAGCGAUGUCUGAAACAAGUGCCGGGGCUGAAGUGGAGCGAGGCCGAUGCCGUCAUCGUCUCCGCAAGGCUGGUGUCCUCUAUUCAAGCCGUCCUGGCUUCCUUGGCUGGGUUCAUCAUUGCCUCAUCUUGUGAAGACAUCAUUGAGGACCAGCACUGGCUCACAAGCACCUACAUCCUCUUUGCGGUCCCUUAUUUUAUCUAUGACAUCUACGCCAUGUUCCUGUGCUACUGGUACAAGAUUCAAGUCAAAGGUCACGAGGAGGAUGCACCAAAAAAGAGCGCGGCCAUUCCGAGUUACCUGUGGCGAGAGUUCCUCAUGGUGCUUCAUCAUGUUGUCAUGGUUACUGUCUGCUUUCCUGUGUCUGUGUUCUGGCGGCAAGGAAAGGGGGAUUAUUUCCAAGGUGUCAUGUUCUUAGCUGAACUCAGCACACCAUCUGUUUGUCUGGGGAAAAUACUCAUUCAGUACAAGCAGCAGCACACGCUUCUUCAUAAAGUUAAUGGAGCACUCAUGCUGAUCACUUUCUUCAUCUGUCGAGUUCUUCUCUUCCCCUACCUCUACUACGCCUAUGGCAGGUACGCCGAUAUCCCCCUGUACAAGGUGCCGCUGUCCAUUCCUUGGCAGUAUAACAUGGGUGCAGCUCUGCUCAUGGCACCACAGGUGUACUGGUUCUGUCUGAUCUGCAGGGGAGCCUUUCGCCUCUUCACCCGGGCUUCUCGUCAUCAUCGUCCCCCAGUCAGUAGGGUCUCUGAGCCAAAAAACCCCAACAUGCAGCCUGCCAACGGCUACAGCCCCUGUGACAUGGAACGAAAGCCGAACAUGCACUGAGAGACACAGAGAGGCUGGAUGGUGCAAAGGCUGUUUUUAGGCCUCAGAUAUAACGUGAAAACCUGAGGUUAAAUUCUAAUAUAUUACAAAUAGUAAAUGUCCUACUGCUCUAUUAGGUGGGGAGGAUAGAAGCCAAGGGCAGAGGAAUCAGAGGGAGAAAGAGACACAGGGUCUGAAGACGAUCAUCUCCAUUCUCCCUUUGAGGAAUUGCAAGAGCAUGCUAAUAAAGCCUGUUUCCUACUCUUGAUGUAAAACCUCCUGAUGCGGACAGAUGCUCGGAUUGUAUUCUUCAUCCCAGUUAUACUCUUUGACUGAAUUUUAAACCGUUGGGGGGGUGGGGGUGGGAAGGGGUAUGUUAUAUAAUGUACACAAGCACUUAUCAUUUGUACAUGACCAUUAUCAUACUAGUUGCAGAAACUACAGGUGGAAAGCUGUGGGCAUGUUUGUAUUCCAUACUGCUGAAGCGCCAUUAACAGAAUGCGUGAUCGAUGCAGAGAGGAUUCCGGUCUCUUUCGUUUCUCCUUCCUAGUCAACUCUCUCUGUCAGUUCAGUUUAAUAUUUCAUAGAAGGAAAAGGGAACAGCUUUUCUGUCAGGGUGUACAUAGCAAAGGUCUAGCGCUAGUUAGUUUAGUUUUUAUUAUUUAUAAUUAAUGAAUUUUUAUUUAUGUUGAAUGUUUUCAUUUGAACAAUUAUUCCUCACAAUUUAUUUAUUUUUAUUAUUUAUUUUACAGCUGUCUUUAAGGUGACUUAGAAGUUAAAAGAAAAAGGAAGGAAAAAAGAAAAAAAAAGGCAUUUCUGUAGUUUCUCCACAGAUUUUACACCCCGAGCCUUUCCUCUAAAUCACCCUGGGGAACUUCUGGGGUUUUCUGAAAUGUCUGCUCCAUUGCACCUGUUCUUUUAUGAAGCCCCUGUUACUUUUUUUAGUAAUCACAACCUACAUAUUGAGCUUAAAAUAACUCAGCAGGGCUUUGGUGUUGACCUGUGGAGGACUGUUGACACUGCCCUUAAACUUAUGCUUGGGUCUGGGCUUUGCUUUUCUUACCAUAAUAUUGAUUAUGACCAAAAGAGUAAAUUAUGGGAGACAUGCAGCAUGUACCGUUACAUUAUUUGGGUGCUUCAGGAAAAGAAAUGAACUUGUGAUGGGUGCUGGGCAGGUCUCUGCAUCACUGAGCUGCUAGCAGGAAAAACACUGCGCUGCAAAGAAGGAGACGACUUUGCACAUUUACUGGAUCAAAGGUUGUUAAAGGAAUACUUCUGCAUUUUUCAACCAAAUCAAUGUUCAUAGUAUCUGUAGCGUAGGAUUUCUGGUGAUUAAAUGUUUCUCUGUAGUACUAAGAAAAGAAUGGACAAAAGUGUAUCUAUUUGAAUAAUUCAGCGAUUUAGAUUCUAUAGAAACGAAUGUGGUAAGCAGAUAUGUUACAGAUGCAAUGGAUAGAGAUUAUCUUGAAAAACCACAGAAGUAUUACUUUGUAUCUGAACUACUGUUAUGUUUGGGUUUUUUUUUAAUUAUAUCAUUUUACUUAUUUAUUCCCAGUUCUGAAUAUUAUCUAUGUAGCUAAAAUGCAUUUGUUUAGUGGACUGCAUAUAAAGGUGAUAAAUUAAAGUAAAAAAUCUAUAGUUUGAUUGCUUGAUAUAGAUUCGAGUCUCUGCAACUCUAAAUUGUAUAAUAUUUACAGUAGGUGUGCAGUUGGCUUAAGACCAGUCAGAACAGGUUUGCAUUGAUUUGCAAAAAAGCGUCCUUCUAAAGCAGAGGUGCCCAAACUUUUUCCAAUGAGGAGCCAAAAACUGAGGGCUGUGGGCUAAAAAUAAAUGUUGAAUUAUACACCAAAUAUUACAUUAAAAAAGUUGCCAUGGUUACUUCAUUGUAAUGUAUAUUAACUAAUCAGUUAUAUGUACAAAUUCUAGUUCAGUAAAACCUUUAGUACCAUGAGAAACAAUCCAAUUUAUAGAGCAAGAGACCAAUGAGAGACAAAAAAAACAAACAAAAAAAACUGGCCCUUAUAUUUUAAAGGUUUUUCCAAAUGUUUUUUUCCCUCUAUCUUUUUCUCAUAUAUGGCAUGGUGGGCCAAUCAUAGGUCACCAAAGUUGGUUUGUGGGCUCUAGUUUGGGCAUCACUGCUAAAGAGGACAAUGCAUAAUCAAGUAAUUGACUUUUCCUUCAAUUUGUGACCUGUAUGCACAUGACCAGCAUUGCUAUAUUAGAAAGGGUAUCAAAAAACCCUGUGUAGAUCCCUUUAAUAGAACAGGUUUUCCACUGUAGAGCUAGAACUUCCAGGCUGAGCUCUGUUAUGCUGAAUACUGUCUGAUUGCAAAAUGACAUGGGACCCACUGUAGGGAAAAAAGAAAGAGUGUCAAGCAGACUGGGAAUGGUCUUGUUUAAAUAAGUUGCAUUUAUUUUAUUUAUGAUUUAUUUAUUUUAGAAAUGUGUUAUUUAUUUGGGGAAGACUGAAUGUACAUAUGAAUACAUCUAAAUGUUCUGUUGAGUGGACAUCUGUGGCUUCCUGGCUGAAGGCUCUCCUGUACUUGUCCUCUCGGCUACAAUAUACUCUACUGUCUUCUGCUGUACUCUA